AUGGAAAAUACAGUAACUCAGCUCUUUUGCCCUCAAGGUGAAGCGAAACAGGCUGACGAUCGUCCCGCGAACGCCGAGACCGAGGCCAACAAGCAGCGCAGAAAGGCUCAGAACCGGAAGAACCAAAGAGCGCGCCGUGAGUCUGUCUCUCGCUACCAUAGCCACCUACUGUGCUCAGAAAACCCUACAGGUCUACGGCUCAAGGAUAAAGAUGCGGGGGCUGUUCAGGUAUCGCGCCCAUUCCAGGUCAGGCGCUGGCGCCUUAACGAACGCGACGACUAUCCCCCCCAAGGAACCUCGCUAGCGUCCGAGAGCGCAGCAACCACGCAUAUCUCCCCUGGACCACCUCGCACGUACACAGGCUUAUCGCCCUCCGCAGCCGAGCGUACCAUCGUCCUCCGAGGAUCGCCACCCACCACCCACAUCUACCAACCGUUAACCCUUGACCCCCAGCCCUUUCUUUUUCCUCUCUCCUCGGACCACCUCCUCCAUCUCAUCCAGUACAACGUCUUCCGCGCCUUAGUCUCUAACAAACGCACCCUUAACACCCUGCCCACCGACCUGGCUACCUGUUCCGCUACCAGGCCCUGCCGCGACGACACAACGCGCUUCCCCCUCAACCCUAAUAUUCCUCCCUCCCUCAUCCCGACCAACCUACAGCAAGCCCGCUACCAUUCUACGUGGAUCAACGUCAUUCCCUUCCCCCGCAUCCGCGACAACCUUAUCAGACGCGAAGGCCGCUUCGACUACGGGGAGCUGAUGCAGGACCUUACUGGCGAGCUCAUGACCUCUAUACUCGCCCCACGGCGGCGAGGUACGUCGGGUACUGCCACAGGCCCCGAGGACAGGAUAUCCCUGUCCCUGCCAUCAGGAAUCGAUGCGGAUGAAGUCACCUCCGGGCGCAAUGGGCUCAUUGUCUGGGGCGAGCCGCAUGAGCUGCAGAGCUGGGAGGCCACCCCUGGUUUCCUCGCGAAAUGGGCAUGGGCCGUGGAGGGCUGCGAGGAGUUGGUGGAAAUAAGUAACACCUGGAGGAUCAAAAGGGGGGAGGAACCUAUGCGACUCUCGGUGUUGAGGAGCUAUCUGCCACCACCGGUUUCGCACGUAGCGCAAGUGGAGGAUGAGUGUUCAUAUAGGGUGUAA